UGAUUCAUAGUUAAUCAUUAGUCUUUCGAUCCAAGACUGAGUCCGUUCCCGUCCUUAGUUCCCUGGUCCGAGUCUCGUCACCUUUGAUAGAUUCAAGCUGUGGCAGCAUGGUAAUACAGGGGCAAGAAAAGACAUCGAGGUUGAGAUAAAGAAGCGGCGUGAGAUUCAAGGAGCUAUAGCAGAUGGAGAUAAUUCGAGCUAUUCACCACAGACCACAUCUACAAUGCAACCCUAUCCCGGGGACGAAGACCCUUACGGCGGUGAAAACCCUCACUGGGGUGAACAUGCUGGUGAAGAAGGCCCUUACGAGGGUGAAUACGCUGGUGAAGAAGGCCCUUACGAGGGUGAAUACACUGGUGAAGAAGGCCCUUACGAGGGUGAAAACCCUCACUGGGGUGAAGACCCUUCCGAAGGUGAAGACAUCAACAACGAAGAAGAUGGCGAUCGUGAUAAAUACGAAGAAGGCGGCCCUUAUCAUGGGGGCGAAGGAUCUCCCGAAGGUGGAGACACCGACAAUGGCGAAGAUGGUGAUCGUUAUGAAUAUGAAGAAGGUGGCCCUUAUGGGGGCAAAGAAUCUCCCGAGGGUGAAGACAUCGACAAUGGCGAAGAUGGUGAUCGUAAUGAAUACGAGGAAGGUGGCCCUUAUGGGGGCAAAGAAUCUCCCGAAGGUGAAGACAUCGACAAUGACGAGGAUGGUGACCGUGACCAAUACGAAGAGAAUGAAGAAGGCGAACAUGAAGAUGAAGACAUAGCUCAAGACGAAGAGUCCGAAGGCGAAGAUGACACUGACGAUGGCUCUGGCAGUGAUGAUGGCUCUGGCAGUGACAGUAGCUCUAGCAGUAGCUCUAGCUCUAGCAGCGACGAUGGACGGUCAUCAUAUAAUAUUGUCACAACUGUCCUAAACCUGAAUACUACUGAGGUGCGGGUGGCACAAGAGAACAACAACAACUAUUCCUAUUCAAGUUCCAGGUUCCAACCACCAAACCGCGAAUGGCCCAACAACGAUAGCAACAACAAUGACCCCCUUCCCAGGCGCCAACCACCCAACCGCUCGGGGCCCAACAAAGGUGGAAACGACAACAAUAGUCCUCAUCUCAGGCGCCAACUACCAAACCACCCAGGGCCCAUAAAAGGUGGCAACAACAGCGGUCCCCGUCCUGGACGCCAACCACCACACCGCGAGAAGAAACAGGAGACUGACGAAGCCAACCAAUUCAACGGGCAAUCGUUAUAUAAUGUCAGGAUCCAAGUCUUCCCGACUGUCUGGAAUGCAUCCGUUGCUGGCGAUUUGCAUACUGCUGAAGAGUUGCUGACCCAAGAGAUUCACAAAGAUGGCAACAACGGUAAUCCCUAUGCCAUUCGCUCAGUUGUCAGAGCGCGAAAUUUCGAAUGGGACAAUGCGCUUCAAGAUGCAGUCAAGUCAAUUGUCAUCCAGCCUUCAUUAUGGGGUUAUAUUUCCAAGGGCAUCGCCCUCUGUGGCAACGAACAGCUCUGGGAUGCGAUGGAAGCUUUCGACCUAGCUAUCACAUUUUCGGAUCGUGAUCCGAUUACCAUCGAUCUUUUACUGUUGAUCAAGGCUGUUGCACUUUUCAAUGCCGGUCGCUAUCAUGAGGCAUUACGGCGAGUUCAACGUCUUGCCAUCGCUGACCAACACUCGGGUGCACUUCAGUGCGGCGUGGUCGAUGCAUAUCUACACGUGCAGCUGGCAAUGCAUACUUUCCAGAAUGAACAGUACAGCAAAGCCGCCGAUGAACUGACAGCCAGUAUUACCACUGUAACGGGCUUGUUCUCGCCCGCAACACUUUUGGAACCUAGAUGGAAGAUAUUCACGCUGCUCUUUGGCUGGGACCUUGACUCCUUAUGGCAGACUGUCAACCAAUGACGAUGCGAUGCAUUCCUCCGUGCAGAUCGAGUGACUGAAGCAGUCAAAUAUUUUCAAUAUAUGAUGAGCAUGAUUGAUGACAAUGCGAAGAGUGGCUGCCCCGAAUGGUCUACCCUAUCGAUAAGCAUUCAAGCAAGACUGCACUGCACGAUGUGUCGCAAAAGGAGAUGAGGCCAUUGCCGUGAGCGACUACGAGAUGGCUGUUGAACUGUAUU